CACUACAUACAUACAUACAUACUAAGUGAGAAGAAUUGAAGAAUGGCUUGUGUUGCUGUAAAUUCUCUUGUGAGGACGAUUGAGCUUGAGUUCUUGCAGCCUCUGCCUCGCCCAAUCAUACGUCAAAAGCAACUCAUCCCUGGCAAUGAAAAGUUGAUCCAAAAUCUCCACCAGAAGCUUGGUGAUCUGAUAGAGGUGUUGGAUGAGAACAGGAUGGAUGGUAUCCAAGCUAUUAAACACUUGGAAACUAAGCUCAGAGAUGUGGCUUUCCGAGUGGAAGAUGAAAUUGAAUUCCAAAUCGUACAUCUUUAUGAGAUGGAGGAAAAGGAAGAGUUACUUGCAGGAAUAGCAGGUCUUUUUGUGGAUGAGGAAGAGGAAGAGGAAGAGGAAAAGGAAGAUUUACUUGCAGGAAUAGCAGGUCUUUUUGUGGAAAUACCAGAGAGUAGUAUUGAUGCAGUAGAAGAAGAAGAAGAAGAAGACUUGGGAAUUGCUGCAGAUCUUUUUGUGGAAAAAUCACAAGCAGGAGAAACUGAUGCCCAAAGAAGUGGGCAUUCUUUGAAACUUGGUUGUAUUUUGGAAGGAGCAAUAAGAGACAUUGAUGCCAUUCACAAAGAGUUGUCCAAAGUGAAGAUGGAGUGUGUCGCAGCCGCCUUGCAAGGAAUUGGAAAGAAAACAACUAUUGCAGCUUCUACCACAUGUUGUAGUGAUGUGAUGAUGAUGGCGGGGGAUUCCUCUCAUCACCAACACGCUUCACACUCCCAGCCCCUGCACGACAGCAUAAUGGUGGGGAAAAACAAUGAGUUCCACAUUGUAAAGGCGAUGCUAAUUCAGCAUUCAUCAAGGCAACGGGAAAUUGUCUCCAUUCAAGGUAUGGGAGGUAUGGGCAAGACAACCUUAGCUAGACGAGUUUACGAAGAUCCAUACGUUGCCUCCCGCUUCGACAUUCGAGCUUGGGUUGUUGUCUCACAAUAUCACAAUAAGUUACAAAUGCUCACAGAUCUUCUUAAAUCAAUGGGUUGUGUAGUAGAUUGUGGCGCUCAAGAGGAUCAGCUAGCUGAAAAACUAUACCAAAAUCUGAUGCAUCAAAGAUACUUUGUUGUGAUAGAUGACAUUUGGAGUGUCGAGGCCUGGGAGUCUGUCAAAGCUUGCUUUCCAGAUAAUGGAAAUGGCAGUCGAGUUUUGUUGACUACUCGCUCUUCAGAUGUGGCUACUAUUAUAGGCUCUAACAAUGACUUUUCGCAUCAAAUGCAAUUGUUAGAAGAAUGUGAGAGUUGGAAUCUAUUUCAUGAAAAGACAAGCAAAUCUCUGGGUUCUGAAUUCGAUACGAUUAGGAGACAGAUUGUUGACAAAUGCAAAGGAUUGCCUUUGGCAAUUGUUGUUGCUGCAGGUUUAUUUUCCAAACUUCAUACGCUAGACGAGUGGAAGAAUGUCGCAGAAGCUCUAAAUUCAUCUGCAAUAACAACAAUUGAUGAAGAAUGCUCAAGGAUACUCUCGUCCAGUUACAAUCACUUGCCUCACAGUUUGAAGGCUUGUUUUUUAUAUUUGAGCAUAUUUCCAGAAGAUAACGAGAUCCCUGUUAAAGAUGUUGUAAAGUUAUGGGUUGCCGAAGGACUUGUAAAGGCAUCUAAGGAUAUGAGGUUUGAUGCGGUGGCUAGAAGGCACAUUCAAGAACUCAAGGGUAGGAACUUAAUUCUUGUAAGUCAGCCAAGCAGCUGUGGAAGAAAAGUAAAGGCAUUUAGAAUGCACGAUAUAUUGCAUUCUUUUUGUGUGAGGGAAGCCAAAAAAGAGAACCUUCUGCAUGUUGUCAAUGAAAGUGAGUCCAAUUCCCCUCUGAAAGAUUUCCGAUGGGUAAGCAUCCAAUCAAAAAGGUUAAACAAACAAACAUUAUAUUCUUCUUCAAUAAACUGUCGAUCCAUCUUCCAUUUUUCCGGACGGUAUACAUCUUUAAAUUCAAAAAUUAGCCCCUUAUUAAGAGUACUCUAUAAUACUGGGGAGUGUGAGAUGGCUUAUCUUUUCCAUUUGAGAUGCGUAUUGUCAUUGUCAGGAGCUUUUACCAUUUUAGAUCCAUUUCGUAGUUGGAAUCUUCAAACACUUUCAGUUGAUCGUAUUGAUAAAAUGAGCCUUUUAGAGUUCCCACAACUACAACAUUUUUAUAGUGACAGACCUCUGAGGGAUUUUACCAUAUGUUUUCAUCAAAACUUGAAGAGCAUUGGUAUGUUGAGAGUUGAUCAGUGCACAAAAGAAUUUUUUACCAGUAUUCCAUACGUAGAGAACGUAAUGAUUUAUUAUGUAGGAGGUUGGAAUGAUUGCAUGAAUAACAUUGCCUAUUUACACCAACUCCAGAGUCUGUUUCUUCUUUGUUGUGGGCGUACAUUUCAGCUGAUUCCAAAUCACAACUGCAUUGUUAGCUUGAAAAAUCUUAUGAAGUUGAGAUUUUAUUGUGUGAGCUUUGAGGGGAAGACAAUUAAUAUGUUUAGCAAGUUGCCUAAACUUGAGGUGCUACUGCUAAGGAAGUGUAAGUGGAUUGGUGGAGAGUGGGAACUACUCGAAAAGGAGAGUUUUGACCACUUAAUUUAUUUGGAAAUUAGUAGGAGUAAUCUUGAGCGUUGGGAAGCAAGUGCUUGUCAUUUUCCGAAUCUUGAGUGCCUGAAGGGUCCUUCAAUAUUGCAGAAGUUUAGAAAAGAUCCCAGUUGAGUUUGCAGAAAUCCCAAACUUGAAGUCAAUCGAAUUGUAUGGAUGUCUUCAUUCUGCGGUGGAUUCUGCCAAGGAGAUUCAAAGAGAGCAACAUGAGCAAGGAAAUGAUAAUAUGGUUGUCAUUGAGAAAUGCACAAUAAAAGAGGUUCAUCUCUCUCCUUUACCCUUUUGCUAUUGCCUUUUUUAUUUCUC